GAGAGAGAGAGAGAUUCAUGCUUCAGGCCUUCAGGGGGAGGUUGGGGAAGAGAGAGUGAGAGAGAGAAAAGGUUAAUUGAUGGCUAUUUUUUGAAAUAAUAUUUCCCCCACAAACCAGAAUCCCUGUUGCGGAACACCGAGCAUAGGCGCAAAAUCCGUGGCAGAAAGCGAAAUAGAGGGCGUAUGCUGCUCUUUUUAUCGUUCUGAUUUCAAGCAAAUCCGUUCGUUCCUCUUGUAUUUGUUCUAUUGGAUUUUUUGGGGGUGAUUUUGAAGGAGAUAUGCAAGUACCCAGAUGGAGAAACAUCUUGGCUCUCAGGAAUUCCUUUUCGCAAACUUGUCAUUCCGCUUCGUUUCAUUCCACUCCUGCAUCUCUCGAGAAGUGGAAGAAUAAAUGGAACUGGGCUGGAGGAAGAGGACAACAACCAUCUAAGAAUUAUAUCAAGUAUGCAACACGUCAAAAGCGUGCUGAUACGAAGAGAGCACUGAAAGAUCUUCUCUUCCAGAGUGGGUCUUCCAAACUGUCAUUUGAGGAUGAAUUGGGAGCCAUCAAAUCAAGCAGCUGGGAGACUGAAGAAAUAGAUGACUCGCAUGGUUAUGGCAAACAGCCUGAAUCAAAGAAAUCUUAUGCCAAAGCUAAUUCUCACCGUUCACAGGCUGGAAAAGGCAAUAGAAACAAGCGUAAACUGAGAAGGGAUAGCUUCUUUGAUGAGUUAAAUGAGCAUCCAGAGACAGUUUUUCAGGCAACAUUUGGGAGCAGAUGUUUUACCUGGUCUUUUAGGUCAUGGGAAGAAUCCCAUUUCCGGAGUUCAACAACAGGAUUUGAGUGGAGAGACCGUUCAAACGGGACAAACAAAAGGAGGGAAGAACAAGAGACUACUAGUGAAACUGACGAUGAUAAUGAGUCUUUUGUCGUUGGUUCAUAUGCUGAAAGAACAAUACUUGGGCUGCCACCUACAGGCCCUUUAAAGAUUGAAGAUGUCAAAAGCGCCUUCCAUGCUUCAGCUUUAAAGUGGCAUCCUGAUAAGCAUCAAGGCCCUUUGCAGGCAAAAGCAGAAGAAAAAUUCAAACUUUGUCUUGAUGCAUACAAAUCCUUGUGUAAUGCACUUGCAGCUUAAAUGGCAGAGACCAACUCCUCGCUAGGUUUCCCUUACAGUUGAACUUCUUUGCUGAGAGGGAACCAACUAACAAUUAGGUUUCCUUCACAAUGGAGCUUCUUUACUGAGAAGUGGUGGAUGAUUCUUUUGUUUUUUUCCAUAAAUUAUUUCCAUUCUCUUUGGAAUGUAACAGGGCCUUGUAUUUAUUUAUCCAGCAGGCCCUUCUGUUCUGGGCCUAAUAUUGGUAGGCAAUAACUGGUGUCAACCCCAAGCUUAAUUAAAUUUUAGAUUGUUUUUGUAUGAAAAAAUCCAUACCUUGUAAGUCUCUUACAGUAAAAUAAAAAUGUGGGUUAUGUUA